UACAAUAACUCAUUAAAUUUUAGUGAAAAUUUUAAUCAAAAAAUAUAUAUUACAACUAAAUCAAUGAGAAUUGAUUUAGUAUUAUACAAUCCAUAGAUGAAAAUAAUAUUUAUUAAUUUGAUUGCACUGUUGGUGUUGUCAUCACUGGUGGUCAGUAAUGAGGAGACGACUAAGGAUUUCUGUACAGAAUUUAUGACAAAUGGCAAUCAAAUUGAUUUUGCGUUACAUUUGAAUGAAAACGACGACAACAACAACUUAACGACAGAUUCUGGUAAAUAUUUUUUCAUUGGUAAUACCUACUGGCGGUUGACCUCUAGUGAGGGUGAAGACAAUUCAACGAGUGUUACGAUUGAUGUCAACAGUACCGGUUCGUCCAACUGGUUGUCCGGUAAUAACUACUCUAUGGUUUGGGCUCUACAAGAAAACAAUGAAACGUUUAUCUAUGCUCUACAGAAAAAUAUGGUAUCUAUUGAUCGGAUGGCUUUUAAUGGUAGUCUCAAUAAUACCAGUGGUAGUAGUAGUAGUAGUCUUAACACAUCUAUAAUAAUACCAUCUACUGAUAAUUUCAAGCCAUUCAUGGCUUGGACUCCUAUGCCUAUAACUUAUCCGAUCGUAAUAUUUUUUGACAAUAACAACGGUUUAACCAAAAUAUAUAACCUUUCAUCGGAUCCAAACAUUACGAUAUCAACCAUCAAUAAAACCGAUAAUCUAAAAAUGAUUGAACAGUUGAAUAAAGUAAUCAAAUUGAUGGCAAUUAUUGGACAGUUUACUAGUCUUAAUAAUUCUGGAUCUAUUUUGUUCACAAAGUUUGGCAAUACUAUUAAAUACUGUUAUCUGGGAAAUUCAUACAAUGAUAUUACAACAUGCAAUCCCGAGUAUUUGAAAACAUUGAUUGACUGUAUGCCACCUAAUCUGAUGACGGAUAUUAUACUCAAUGUAAUUGCUAUUGCAUUACCAUUAGUAACAUUAACAUUGUUUUGGUAUUUAUUUUUUAAUACCCAUAGACAACAAUAGAGUAACAGAAUCGGCAAACAGUUCCCCAAAUAGACAGAUGCGUUGAUGAGACCAUCAAAAAAAAAAACGGAUCGUCUAAAUGGUUUUGUUUCCGAAAUCCUAGUCAACAAUAGCCGCCGACAAAACAUUUAAUAUGAAAUUAUUAUUAUUUAUUUUUUAU